GCGUUCUUGGCAACGCAGUCGGAGUUUAGCCGUUAAACAGGAGGGCGAGGGUGGUGUUCAUCUGAUGGCUUAGGAGUGGUGUACAAAGGAAGUUCCCUGUAUAAUCUUUCGCUAAGCGUUUAGCCGGCACGAUGGUUGAGAAGAUCUUAGAAGAAGUGCAAGGAGCGGAAGCUGAAUGCAGCGAGGUGUUGUCUGCCAUGCGGGACAAGGCAAGCAAUGAUGUUCAGCAGAGAAAGGAGGAGGCCCGUAGAAAGCGGCGUAAGAAGAAGAACAAUGGCACAAGUUUGGUAUCGUCGUGCUUUCAAGAUAUGUACCGACUGACGGGAGAAGUUCUGGGUGAAGGGGCAUAUGCCUCUGUGCAGACCUGUGUUAGUGUGUGGACUGAUCUUGAGUAUGCGGUGAAGAUCAUUGAGAAAAUCCCAGGUCAUAGCCGUAGCAGAGUUUUCAAGGAAGUUGAGACGUUCCACUACUGUCAAGGCCACCCAAACAUCAUUCACCUAAUUGAAUUUUAUGAAGACGAUGAUAGGUUCUAUCUUGUAUUUGAGAAAGUGAAUGGUGGGCCUCUACUGACAAGAAUUCAGGAACAGAAUCACUUCACAGAGAAUGAAGCCAGUGAGAUUGUACGAGAGCUUGCAAGUGCUUUAGAGUUCUUGCAUAGGAAGGGAAUUGCUCAUCGUGAUCUGAAGCCAGAAAAUAUCCUGUGUGUGUAUCCUGACAAACUCACUCCAGUGAAGAUUUGUGACUUUGACCUAAGUUCUGGCAUAAAGUUCAAUACCAAUCUCACUUCACCACUGGCAACCCCACAGCUCCUAACACCUGUUGGGAGUGCGGAAUUUAUGGCCCCAGAGGUUGUGGAAGCAUUUAUUGGAGAAGCAACAUCAUAUGAUAAAAGAUGUGAUUUAUGGUCUCUCGGUGUAAUCACCUACAUCUUACUCUGUGGUUAUCCUCCUUUCUAUGGCAACUGCGGAGAGGAUUGUGGCUGGGAGAGAGGUCAAAAUUGCCCUGCAUGCCAGGAACUACUGUUUUCUAGCAUACAAGAGGCAUCUUAUGAUUUUCCUGAACAAGAUUGGGGAAACAUAUCGGAGGAUGCAAAGGAUCUGAUAAGAAGACUGCUUGUGAAAGAAGCAGGCCAGCGACUUUCUGCAGAGUGUCUGCUAUCUCAUCCAUGGCUGAAAAGUGGCCAGGCAGAAAGGUCUUUGAGUACGCCUCACGUUAUCAGAAGGAACAACAGUGCGAGGGAACUGUCUGCAUUCGCUGAAAGUGCAAUGGCAGUGAACAGGGUUGUGUUGCAGCACUUCAGCAUGAAUCUGGAUAUGGUGCGAGAGCACUCUGCGCAUCAAGAUGCUGUGGGCGACGAGAAGCCCUUGAGCCUGUCUCCUCCAAGCGAGUCCAGACUUGCACAGCGACGUAAAGCCCAGAGCUUGACGAAGAGCAUUGCAAUUGUGGCUGCCGCCGCCGCCACUGUGGUUGCGUCACCCAGUGGCUGACUGAUUUACCUUUGAGUACCUGAUUUACUAUAACUAAGAUUGCUUACUUUGUAGAUAUUCUGAGGUUUUUUUUUUUAUUGAAUGAGACGUGGCAAGGAAGAGGUCUGUGAUUUAUUGUAUUCCUCGCGCUUCUAUGCGCUUUUAUCAAUACCAUCAAUCCACAUAUGUCCAAUUUGUUACAUAAGGAAGGAGUUGUGGAAAGAUAUUCUUUCUGUAGCAUUCACAUUUCUUACUGUUAGGAAUUAGGCAAAUAAACAUAUGCACAGGCUCUAUGGAUAAGGUUUUUUUAAUGUAAGAAUGGGAAAAUUGCUAGAGAAGUAACUUUGUGCUAUGCAUUUGUUUUAGCCUACCAGUCUGAAAUGAGUAUUGCAGUCAGUAGGAUGUCCAUUUAGAGAUGGUGAUUAAGAGAAACAAUAUAAUGGGUCAGAACUUAUUGGACACAAAAGCAUUGGUGGGUUGAGUUUGUAGGGACAUUUUUAUGACAUUAGAUACUGCAUUUACAUAGUUGUAAGCUGAUGGAGUAAGAUGCCUGGCUGCCAUUGAAUGGCAAAUGUGAUAAGUAUGAUAGUCUUGCAUUGUUGCUUAUGUAAUCACUCCUUUCAGUGGAAGUAAUUGGCAUCUUGUAAUGCAAAACAGAUGCCAUAGAGUGAAGGGACUGUCUUACAUCAUGUAAAUGUGGUGUCAAAGAACUGACAAAUUUAUAUUGUGUAUGGUGAUCGCAUAACUCAGGGCUGUAUACAUGUUUCUCAUUAAUUUCCCUCUUCUUUAAUUAGAGGUGGGAAGAUAUCGUAUUUCAAAUUUUCACAUAUUUGUAACAGAUCAUUUGUUUAAAUUUAGUUGGCAUCCGUGUCACAAAAUUUUAUUUUUCAAAUACAGAAAUAUUUGUGCUAAAACUGUGGUGUUUCAGAAUUGUGGGCUGUUGAAAGGUAUAAGUUCUUUUGUUAAACUCAAUUCUGUUCAUUUGGAUGUCUAAAUUAUGUGAAGCAGCCUGCUGAACAAUAUUUAUUUUUGUGUGUUGCUGCUGUUUGUUUCUGUUCCCGUGUGGCAUCGUUGAAAACUAUUUAAAGCUGGCUAUUUUGCCCAUUCGUGUAAGUGAAGUGUGGCCAUUGUUUUGUGACAUUUUAUUCCCUGCAGUUGGUGUAACAUACUUUAUUUUUCCAUGCAAUUUUGUAUUGUAAGUAUAGGUUUUGCAAGAACGCCAUGUUGUUAGGUAACAUUUUGCAGGGGAACUGUUUAAGUUGAACUUAGAUAUAAAUCGUGACAAUCAUAAUAUUACCUGAGCAGGGAAUGUGGAGUUGCAAAGCAUUGGCUAUUUCACAGAAUGGUUAAUAGUGUAUAAAAUAUUUUUAAAUAAAUUUUACUUAAUAUUUUAAGAGCCAAAUGGUUUUAAAUAAUUUUGUUUCUGUAAAAUGUUCUUCCAUUAACAAGUUCAGAAGAAUUGGAACUUGAAUUGGAAAUUUGAGUAAAAUUGUUUUUCAUUUUUGAUCUGCUACGGAGAUAAGUGUUACUUAUGAGAGUUGAUGUGCAAAAAACGUGUUUAGUUUAGAUCACGGUGUAUCUACAUGUAAAACAGUCUCGAAUUUAUUUUGUACUGUGCUAUUAUUACUUUUUUUUAAUACUGUUUGUUUUAGUAAUCUAGUCUCCAUUAUGUUCCAUUAAUGUAUGUUUCUGGAAAUAUCAUUGCAGUGACAUAGCAGACAGUAUUGUCCAAUGUUCACAGUAUUUCUUGAGUGGUUCAGUAGUUUGAAAGUGUUUGCUAUGUUCUGCAGUUGUGUGUCUAGAUGUAUACAAGGGUGGAUGCACAUAAUGAAAAAUGAUAACCUGCUUUGUGCUUCAUAGCAGAGGAGAAGCAAAAUGUGUGCAUGUGUAAUUAAAAAAUGACUGUGUCAUAUGUCUGAAUGCAUUUAUAUCAAUGUCGGUAAGAUGUAUACUUGAGUGUAUGUAAGAUAAAUUGUGUGGAGGUACUGAGUUUGUGUCCUCAAUUCUGUAAGGCUGAGAAUUGUAAGCAGAAUCUUAAGCGAGCAAAUUGUUUCCGUAAGGGGAAAAAUAUGAUGAAUGUGGCAAGGAUAACUCGAAAUGUAUUCCAUAACAAUGAGUCAGGUACAAACAAUAGAACAGCACAAGGGUUACGAACUGUUGUGUUAAAACUUUGAGAAUUAUUGCCAUGCAAGCAAUGAUGUGCAUUUCUUUUUUUUCUUUCUGUUUUUUAUGGUUGAAUGAAAUAACAAAUUUUUUUAGUCUCUUAAAAUUGGCUGUUCCAUAUGGAAAUUGUUGAUUUAUUUAAAAAAAGAAAAUAGUUGUGCUGGUUUGCCAGUUUCUAAAAGCAAAUAUUAUAGAUUUAAUAGUCCUCAUUGGUUAGUUCUUUGUAAAAGUUGUCAUUUCUAAGACUCAUUUUGUAUAACCUUGUCUAAAAGAUUCUGUAAAGUGUGCUGGUUCUGUACUUCCCAUCAAAAGGUGCCGUACCUGUGAUAAAUCUUGUAGUUCAAACUAAAAAAUAAAAGAUUGAGCUGAAAGUUUUCA